CAUUUUAAUUGCCAUUUGACCGCCUGUGCCGACACAACCGAAUUUCGGAAAAAAUAAGAAAUAGAAGCGUCGGUGCUCAGAAGUGAUAAGUCAGUGCGAGUGCAGCCAAACGAGGAAGUUAAUUCCAAUUCCAACGCUCCGUGACGCAAAAUGUUGUAGAAAUUGAAAGUCAAAUGAAUUCUGUUUGUGUGUGUUGAGUGUAAUUUAAAGUCGAGUCCGCCUGCCCAGCCAGCCGUCAGCCUGCCUGCCAGCGUCAGUUUUGAUGAUAAAAUUUGCCUGCGCGCCCAUGUGUGUGUAUUGAGCUUGUGCGUGUGUUGGUGCGAGCGUUGCGAGCAUAAGAAGAAAGCGGAGAAGCAAAAGACGCUCAAACAACGAACGAGCACAAAGAGAAGAGCGCAAGCGCACCAUCGAGUCUUGUCCAUUUUGAGGAGAAAAAAAAGGGAGAGAAUCUAAGACAACCAAGGAUUUCUGGCCAAUAUGUCGCACUUCCAGAUCCAUAACGACAACAAGGAGAAUCCCGGAAUGGCUGGCGUUCCCGGAGCCCUCAAGGCUGCGAAACAGCCGCUGGCUGUUAUCGGCGGCGCCAAGGAGAAGCUUCCGCUAGCGCCCCGUGCAAACUUUGCUGUUCUCAAUGCCAACAACAACAACCAGAACGUCAAUGUUCCGCGUCCGUCCGGUAAAGUGCAGGUCUUCCGUGACGUCCAGAACUUUAAUUCGAACGAGAAUGUGGAGCAGCCGAAGAAAUCGAAUGUGGUGCCAGUGGUGGAGCAGUUCAAGACCUUCUCCGUCUACGAGGAUAACUGCGACACCCAGGUGAUUCCACCGGGCCAGUCCUUGCCGUCGGUAUUUGAAAAAGAGAAUCAUGGCUUUGAUACCACGCCCAUGUCGGUGGCGGAUGUCCUGUCGCCCAUGUCCGUGGACCGUUCGCUCAUCGAGGUGGUCAACAUUACUGAUGACUGCGAUGCCCAAGGUAUCGAACCCAAGGAGAAGGAGUUGCCGCCCCGUAACGAUCGACAGCGUUUCUUUGAGGUUGUCCAGUACCAGAUGGAUAUACUCGAGAACUUCCGCGAGAGUGAGAAGAAACAUCGCCCAAAGCCGAACUAUAUGCGCCGUCAGAAGGACAUUAAUCACUCGAUGCGCUCCAUCCUGAUUGACUGGCUGGUGGAGGUGUCCGAGGAGUACAAGCUGGACACGGAGACUCUUUACCUCUCCGUCUCCUAUCUGGAUCGCUUCCUCAGCCACAUGGCGGUGGUGCGCAACAAGCUGCAGUUGGUGGGCACAGCAGCCAUGUACAUUGCCUCAAAAUAUGAGGAAAUCUAUCCACCAGAUGUCAGUGAGUUUGUCUUCCUCACCGAUGAUAGCUAUACGAAGGCCCAGGUGCUGCGCAUGGAGCAGGUCAUCCUGAAGAUCCUCUCGUUCGAUCUGUGCACACCCAGUGCCUAUGUGUUCAUCAACACCUAUGCGGUGAUGUGCGAGAUGCCAGAAAGACUCAAGUACCUGACGCUGUACAUUUCGGAACUGUCUCUGAUGGAGGGGGAAACCUAUUUGCAAUAUUUGCCAUCGGUGAUGUCGUCGGCUUCGCUCGCAUUGGCGCGUCACAUUCUGGGCAUGGAGAUGUGGACGCCGCAGCUGGAGGAGAUAACCACCUACAAGGCGGAGGACCUGAAAACUAUUGUUCUCCAACUGACCCAAACGCACAAACUGGCCGGGGAGUCCAACACACAGGCCAUGCGGGAAAAGUACAAUAGAGAGAAGUACAAGAAGGUGGCAUCGAUCGCACCCAUUGAGCUCACCGCGGUGGCAUAUGACCAGCUGUGUCAAGGGAUGAGAGGCCAAGGCCAAGCAUGAAGAGACAACGCAACAGCAGAAAUAUCACCUCGAAAUCGGAUGUGAAUUUGUUUUAUAAGUUUUAAGUUGUUUUGCGCCUCUGCCAUGCUCUCUACAAAUUUUAUAUAUUAGUUUAGUGUUUUCCUGUAACCCAUAUCUGUAGUAAGCCUAGAGAGUAUGCAAAAGGAAGGAAUCGCAGCAGUUACUUUCCACAAAAAUCAUAUAUAUGUAUGUAUUUAUGAAUGCCGAAUGCCUGCUUUUAAUUGGCAAGCUCCUACCGUAAUAGAAUGAAGAUGUACUGGACAAUUUUAUAUGAAUACCAUAUAAAAGAUAGAUGCCAUCAAGUACGCCAUCCACCCACCAGCUGUCCACGGCCAGAGCUUGCCACGCCAAGCGUGAGAAGAGUGGGAACUGCGGCAGUUUUUUUUUUAAAUUAUAAAAACAACAACGCCACUAAUAAUGCUCUACGGAGGACAAAUACAACAUCCCCUACCACCCACUACCCAUCUACAGGCUACUUAUAAUUUUAUUCAAUUAAUAUGUUCGAUAAAUGUAAUUUUAUGUAUUUAUAAACUGAAUCACAUGGAGCAGGAACAUCUAGCCCCACAAUUAUAUUAAAAUACAUAUUUAUAUACAUAGAUACUAACUAAUACUAGGCCAUAAAUGUUCUGUGAACCAACAAAUACAAAACACUUGAAUUCUUUAACCCAGAAACCCAGAGACUACCACACAGAGUACUAUAAUACCCACAAAACGAUGACAAAAGCUGGUCCACAGUUGCAGCCAUUACGCUUACUAAAUGUUUAUUAUUAGACUAAGGUCUAAUCCUCCGCAUCGGCAGGUGGAUAAUACAUGUUGCUGAGAGCAUAAAUCCGAAAUAUAUAGAAACAGAGCGCUAGUUAAAUGCAGAUGCCGAUUCGAGGAGGUUCCCCACAAAGCUAACCCUAAUUUUAUGACUUUACUAAUUUAAAUUCAAUUUGUAAUUCAAUUAUGUUGGCGAGAGCAUCGUUCUUGCGAGCCGUAUAUUCCGAAAACCUAUUGUAUUCAAUAAAACUGUGACAAAAUGC